ACAGUAACUGGGGAGGAAAAAUGUUCCUGUCAUUGCCUACACUAACUGUACUUGUUCCACUGUUGUCCUUAGCUGGCCUGUUUUAUUCAGCCAGUGUGGAUGAAAAGUUCCCAGAGGGCUGCACCAGCACAACGAGCUUGUGUUUCUACAGUCUGCUUCUUCCUGUUACCAUACCAGUUUAUGUGUUCUUUCACCUUUGGACCUGGAUGGGUAUUAAACUUUUUAGACACAACUAAGGCGGCAAAAGCUUGGAAGCAUCACAAAAGUAGACUUGCCAACCUUGUGGCCUACCGGCACCCUAAUAUUAUAUUCUGUCAAAUUGCAAUGGUCUCCAUUAAUCUCCCAAUGACACCUGAAAAUGUAACUUUCUGCACAAGCCUUGAUGCACAAUGGCCUCAUUACUGCCGAGAGAGAUAAUUAAAUAACAUUUUCUCUUGUUCCUCCUCUGUGUCAGUAUGUCCUGUCAAAACCAAUGGGUGUAUUGUAAGGCUACACUAUUAGCCUAUCAAAGGUGUUGUCUCUUUGCUAAGAAUAAAUGUUGUGCACUGGU